AUGAUGUCCUCCGCCAACGAAGAGGAUCCCUUCCUCCAAGUCCAACAAGACGUCCUCGCCCAACUAGACUCAACCAGACCCCUAUUCACAUCCUACCUCCGCAUCCGCUCCCUCUCCACCUCCCCAACUUCCCCCGAACUCGCCUCCGCCCGCGCCGACCUCGAAUCCGCCCUCGCCUCCCUAGCCGAAGACCUCGCCGACCUCGUCGAGUCCGUCAAAGCCGUCGAAUCCGAUCCCGCCUCCUUCGGCCUCUCCACCCCCGAAAUCACGCGGCGCAAGAGGCUAGUCCAAGAUGUCGGCGGCGAAGUGGAGGAUAUGCGCGAGGAGCUCGCCAAAAAGCUAGGCGACGUAUCCUCGGGCAAGGGGAAAUCGUCAGCAAACGGAGCAACGAAUUCAGACCUCCCCGAUCCAAGCUCCUUCGCCAUAGGCGACGGCGACGCUCGAGACGGCGACUACGCCGCCGAGUUCGAGCAGCAGCAGCAGCUCGAGAUGAUGCGCGAGCAGGACGGCCACCUGGACGGCGUGUUCCGGACGGUGGGUAACCUGCGGCGGCAGGCGGACGACAUGGGCCGCGAGCUCGAGGAGCAGAGGGAGAUGCUCGAGGUCGUGGACGGGGUGGCGGAUCGUGUCGGGGGGCGGCUGCAGACGGGGGUGGCGAAGCUGCAGUAUGUUAUGCGGCAUAACGAGGAUCGGUUGAGUAGUUGCUGUAUUGCUGUGCUUAUUUUUGUGUUGAUCUUGUUGCUUGUUCUGUUGUUGAUUUUGUAA